AUGUUGUCCGUGCGUCAUGGCUCCUUGGCAGACCGCAUCGACGGUGGUCCGACAUCUGCGAGCUGCACGCCAGCUCCAGAACCCCCCAAAUUUGCACUCCAUCACCACAGCCAACAUGCUCGCCCGUGCCACUUUCCGCGCCGCCUCGGCCCCAACUCUCGUCGCCCGCCGCGGCUUCCAGUCGACCCGCGCGCAGAUGGCCAGCCCAUACCACUACCCCGAGGGCCCGCGCAGCAACUUGCCCUUCGACCCGCUGAAGAAGGGCUUUGCGUUCAAGUUCUGGGGUUUCAUGGGCACUGGAUUUGCUCUCCCCUUCCUCCUUGCUGUCUGGCAAACCAAGAAGAACAAGCCGUAGAUGCAGCACGACGCAAUUGAGGAGCAUCAUUCGGGCGCCCGGGGAAUGUGGCAUUUGUAGAAUAGGUGGAGGGCCCACACACGGCUAUACUAGACAUCACAGCAUCAAUUUCAUUGUCUGUCCCGAAAUUAUC